GUCAACAAUGAUGUUGUAGCGAUCUUCUUUAAUAAGCAAUCGCCAUUACGCCUCUGAGAAAUCAAAGCCGGUGAUUUUAACUCUUACCGGCGGUCGAUCGAAGAGAGAGAAUUACAUCGACAGUUUUUGACUACUCACCGAGCUCCAAUUUACUGUAAACAGUGAUACGAUGAAGAAAUCCGCCACGGGCGGAAAGACUAGCUUGCUGAAGUGGGCGGAAGAAAGAAUGAAGUUGAAACGGGAGCUCGAAGAAGAGAAGAAAAAGCAGCAGACAAGCAAGGAGCCACGAGAUGUUAGUCCGGUUGCUGUGCCUUAUCUCCCUGAAGACUGCAUUUUCCACAUCCUUGUCCGGCUUCCUCUUGAAUCGCUACUAUCAUCGAGGUUUGUUUGUAAGGCCUGGUACCGGAUUGUCAAUCGUCCUGAUUUUGUUGACUCCCAUCUGCAGCGAUCAAGCGUUGGAUUGAUAUAUUUGACCCCGGCUGCGAAGGCUGCCUCGUCUUCUAAUGUUGGGAGCUCUUCAGCCGUGAAAAAAAAUGAGUUUAACGUCGAUGCCAAUGUUUUAGGAUUAGACUCUGUUGCUGUACUUCACUGGCACCUUUUCAGCCCACGUACACGGUUUCAGAUCAAGUAUUUGGACAUUGGAGGUGACAAAAGCACGAUAAAGGAGUACAACGUGACUUGCACCGGCCACAUCAAGGCAACGUGCAAUGGCUUGAUUGUUCUUGAAAAGGUUGUGAAGGGAAGAGGGCUAAUCGUGAUGAACCCUGUCACGAGGGAGGUGGAAACGGUUCCUUUGGGGACUAUGUGUGACCCUCACCGUGAAUCGUAUGGAUUGGCAUUUUGCCGCGAGUCGAGCAGGUAUAAACUCGUGCACUUGUUUCAGGAUGCCUCGCAGUGCAUCGGGUGUGAGAUUAUGCACAUCGGGAGCAGGACAUGGAGAGUCGUCGAAGGACCCCCUCAUGGAUUCAUGGGCUGGUUAGGAUAUGCCCCGGUGUCCGCCAUAGGUGCUCUGCAUUGGGUUCCCAAUGUUGAUCAUAACGAGCACAUCGUGUCAAUGCCGUUGAAGGACGAGGGGUUUGUCAAGAUACCUCUCCCCAGCACCGGUGGGAUUCACGAUCGUGUUCUUGAAAUUGGUGGGAGUCUUGGAUUCGUGUCUCGUGAGUCAGCCAUCCGGAUUGAUGUGUGGAUCUUGAAGAGUUUGGGGGGCGAGGGUUGGGCGAAGCAGCACAAUGUCGUGUUGGAUUGCGCGAGAGAUAUGGUUCCCCUCUAUUGCGUGGGAACAGGUGGCGAAUUGGUUUUCGAGCAUGGGGAGCAUCUAUAUGCUUAUGAUCGACGUUCACGGGUUAUGAGGAAGGUCGAGGCGAAGAACGAAUCGCGUCCUUCGGCCGGCUGCUAUUUUCCUCAUGUCAAUAGUCUCAUCUCAUGGAAGAUCUAGCAAGACCCAAAAAAAAUUGGUAAGAGUGGCGAACUCAUGACUGAGUGGCACGUGUUCGAAUCCCACCAUCCGCACUUAAUGUGUAAGAGUGGCUUUAGUAUCGAGUUGCUAAAAUUUCACACAUAAAUCUUGAUUUACAACAAUGAAAAUUCUUAAUAGAGAAA